UCACUUUUCAUUCACCAAAUUUCGACCUGAAAAGAAAGUUGCAGAAUGAGAAGCAAAGGGCAUAACCAUAACAAGUUCAUGCGGUUCAUUACCGUUCCUUUGAAAGCGUUUGGAAAAGCCAGGGAUCUAUACGUUAGAAGUUUGACAAGCUGUGCUUCAAGUGUCAGCUAUGGGCAUGUCUCGGGUGGCUGUUCCGGGCAAUACCCGAGGAGCUUUAGUAUGAGCUCGGCAGCCUCCAUCGACAACGAUGAUCUUAAAGAGCUUAUUAGGGCUGCGUCAGUUAGGAGCAUGGGUCAUAGGAACGAAGUGGAGAUGCUUUUUCAACAACAACAAUCGAGGGUGCAGAUGGGGUUGCCAAAGAGCUCCAGUGUUGCGAUGGGAAGAAUUGAUGAGGAAAACCCUUGUGAAUUUAAAGAAAACGAAGCUGUUGUGGAUGAGAAGCGAGAUUUGUUGUAUACGAGAAGCAAAAGCUAUGGUGUCACGGAAGCAAGUACUUUCGAUUCCUAUUGAUUAUGUAAUUGCAUUUGAGGGGGAGUAAAGAGAACCCUUCCUGUUCUCUCUUUGUUAUUCUUCUAGUUCUGAGCUGUGUUUCCAGAAUAUGAUAGAUUUGGGAUAACACCAGUAUAAUUUGACCUCAUCUGUAGAAAGUCUAAAGUGGCAAUGAUGGCCUAAAAGAUAAUAAAUCAAAGGCAAGGAAUUGAAGGAAAUGAUAUCUAUUACAUGUGUACAUGCAGGGCAUUUUAGAA